GAAGAGACGGCAGGGUCGUCUUCUACUGGUGUUCCAAAAGAAGCUGCCUCCGUCAAGGUGCAAACGUCACCAACCUUUGCGGAGGUCGCUGCUCAAUACUCCCAUAUGAGGGUUUUGGAGGCUGUAACAAAGAAGGUCCCAGAAACACCAGGUGGAGAAGGUUCGAAGGAGUCGUCAUCUACUGGUGUUCAGCAGGAAGCUGUCCCAAACGAGGUUUUGCCGAGUGGGGGGGAGUCUGAAGGGUCGUCUUCUACUGGUGAUGAGGAAGGGUCUAUCAAGCUGAAGAUGAAGAAAUUGUCUCGUAAGCGACACAACCAAAGAUUCAUCGCCGGUAAGUGUGAUCGAGAACGAUCUGCCAAAUCCACCCGAGGGAAGUGCUACGAUGCCAAAACCAUCAGUGGUGCGGUAAGUCGUGAAGGUGAGUCGUGCACAUGUUCAGAGAAAAUGCCCCCACCCGUUGUUGCAGGGACUCGUAGAGAAGACACACUGCAUGAUGAUGGAAAUGUAUCAACUGCAUGCAGUGUUGCCGCUGUAAUAAAGCAUGUCCUGGCUCCUGUGUGUACCUGGAAAGCAUCAGAUAUUGAUGACAUCUGUACAGAAGGUGGCAAGUUAAACAUGUUUGUAGCUGAAGCAGGUAAAAGUAGUGACGUUAAAGGGAAGUGCACCUUGAUUCAACAGCAUAGUGUCUUUGGCAGAAAAUUUAAGGUAAGGAUUGGUAAACCGCAGCAAAGACAUUUCAAUGACUCUGCUGAAGAGCCUGAGUUGCAUGAAGUGCUACAAGAACACUUGUUGAGGGAUGGCAUGUGUCUGUUGAACAUGUAUGGUGAGGUUUCUGCCAUUAUUCAUCACGACAAACACUUGGUGUUUGUUGAUUGUGGGUCACGUGAUGCAUCUGGGUUGGCAUCUAGUGUUGGCACACCUGUGGCUGUCUUCAACAGCAGUCUUCAUGACCUGAUGCUUCACAUCAGAAAUCUGAAGGAGUCAUUUGGCGCAAAGUGGUACGCCAUCAGUAGCAUUUCUGUGAAGGAGCAUAAUGUGGAAUGUGUAGAAGGGCUUUCAGACAGCGACAUGGAAGUUGCAGUUCACCCUGAGGACAGCCGUCCUGUCAGUGUUGAAUGUCCUACAACAUCUGUCCAGGGAUCGUUUCAUCAAGGAGACAGUCAGUUUGAAUAUGGCGGACUUCAGUGCAUGGCCGUCGGUUUGGUGAGCAUAGCAAAACACUCAACUCACUGUGUGUUUUCAUGGCAGUCCAGCGAUCUGGAUGAGGUUGUAGUUUCAGGCGAUGAGUUGUAUUCUUCUCUGCGUGCCACCAACGCCAUCAGUGGUGGGUCCCAACUGCUAUGUGUACCAGAUCUUCCCAAAGACUCUGUGAUUAAUGGACGCAGGUAUGACUUUUCAUAUGGUGACUAUGUUACUGGAGAUGUUGAUUUGGUUGAGGGAGAGCUUAUUGAGCUAGGUGUACACGUCACUUUAAGAAAGGGGUUACAAAAGAUUCUCACACAAUAUAACACGUGCCUUAUGACAUUACGUGGCAGUACAUGUGCAAUAAUUUGUCAACAAGGACGUUAUGCCGUGGUUGACUCUCAUGCACGCAAUGCACUUGGAAUGGUAGAUGCUGGAGGACAAAGUGUUGUUGUGUAUUUUAGUGACUUUGAAGGCCUGUUUAGUCACAUAUGCAGAUUUGCGGAAGCAUUAAACACAUCCCAAAAGCCAUUUGAGAUUGCUGGUGUUUGUGUCACUCAGAAUGACCUAGUUGAUAGCGGCCGCUUGUCCUUUGGUCAGAACGACCCUGUUGUAACUGAGACAACGUUGGGUUCUAGUUUACAUCAGAAGAGUAUUCAACCAACACCUGGCUGCUCUAACAGACGCAGAGGUACAAAGCGUAAGGUGUCCAAGGGAAACACCAACUCAAAAAAGGUAAAAACCAAUGCAACACUUGGCAGCUCUGCCAGUCAGACAGGUGCAAUGUGUAAGGUGGCAAAGGGAACUUGUACAUCACCGGUAAUAAAAACCAGUGUUACUGAGGUUGAGCCAGACAUCGUAUUUGUCAGUGAUGUCAUCAGUAAACAGUUGCAGUUUCGUCCACUUUGUAAUGAGGUUUCACAAAUUCUCUGCAAACAGUUAGAUAUCGUGUCAGAGAAAGAUGAUUCGGUAUCUACAAACGUUGGUGCGUUGGGGGCUCCAUGUUUGAAUGACAAAAUAGUUGGUGAUGGAAACUGCUUCUUUAGAGCCAUCAGUCAAGCUGUGAGUGGUACACAGAGGUAUCACAGAAAAGUUCGCCUUGCUGUGGUUAAACACAUAAAAAGUAAUGCUGAAGCAUAUACGUGUCAUUUGAGAAGUGAGUAUAAUUCAAUCACAGAAUAUCUCAUUUUGUCACGGAUGUCUUAUGUUGGCAGUUGGGCAACUGAAAUUGAGAUUCAGGCAACAGCAGAUUUUUUGGGAAUAAGUAUUUUCACAUAUCACACUAAUCGCUGGCUUGAAUAUAGUUGCACAAGCAAACAGUUAACCACUGAGGGACUGUAUUUGGAAAACUGCAAUGGGAACCAUUAUGAGUCUGUGGUUUGUGUUCAACAGCCUGGCAUGCUGAGUUGUUAUUGUUAUUGCAAAGAGGACACACCUUGCUCCACUGACUAUUCUCGUCGACAGAGUAAGAGAAAAAUGAAUACUUUGGAGAAUCUCCGUUUUGAUACAAGUUGUGUGCUUGAACCUGUUGCAGAUAUCUCCGAGCAGCCGGAUAGUUCAUUGCCAGCAACAGACAUUGAUUUUGUAAUGUUGAGUGAUGAAUCUGUUGAAGAUGAUAUCACAGAACUACAUAGUACAUUUCCAGCCAAGGACAUAGAUAGUGUAAUUUUCAAUGAUGUACCUGCCGUAUGUUGGGAAUUUCAUCCCUUGACCUCAGACGUAGCAAAAUCAGUAUGCAAUUUGUAUAACUUGUCCUAUGAAAAGCAGGAUGUUAAACUACCAACCAUGAGUGGUUCAUUAGGUGCUGUGUGCAAAACUCGUACAAUUGUAAAGGAUAAAAAUAGUUUCUUUAGAGCAAUUGCUCAAGCAGUCAGUGGUUCCCAAAAAUGUCACCGAAAGAUUAGGCUUGCAGUUGUAAAAUAUAUGGAAGAUCAGAUUGAUAACAUUAAAAUAAUAGAAAAGGGAUAUGCUUCAAUAUCCCAUUAUAUUAAAGAGACACACAUGAAAUAUGUUGGUUAUGAUGCCACAGAAAUAGAAAUUGAAGCAACUGCAAAUGCUUUUGGACUGGAUAUAUAUAUAUACAGUGGUAAAAAGUGGUUCAAAUACAAUUCUGUGAAUCCAGUUUCGUCUGAAGUGGCAAUUUACCUAAAACAUGAUGAGAAUAAUCACUAUGAGCCAGUACUUUGUGUUAAACAUAUUACUGAAGUAAGUUGCUUUGAUUUAUGCAAAAUGGAUAUCUCAUCUGAAACCCAGUACAUGAGGAGAAGGUCAAAUGUAAAAUUCCAGGAUUCUUCAAACAUCUGUAGUCCUACUAAAUUAUCAACCUAUUUGAAAAGGAAGAAGGGCAUCCAAUUAAAGGCAUUAUAUUUAGGAAGUUCCUUCCGUAGGCAGAAACUUAACACAGCGAGUAAAAAGCUAUAUCAGGAAAACCUGUCACAUAGACUGAGAGUCCAGCAAAUGAGUAAAGCCAAUUAUAAGGACAAUCUGUUAUACAAAGAAAAUGUAAAGCAACUCAGUAAAAAUAAAUAUCAUCAAAACCACUUGCACAAAGAAAACAAAAAGAAACAAAGCAUAAAAAAAUAUCAACAAAAUCUGUUACACAAAGAGAACGUUAAGAAGCUCAGCAAAAAUAAAUAUCAACAAAACCAGUUGCACAAAGAAAUGUUAAAGGAAUUUAGCAAAAAUAAAUACUGGACGAAUCUCAUUUACAGGCAGAAAGUGAAGGCAAGGAGUAAAAACAAAUAUGGAAAUAUUCUGCAUAAAAAACGUGUUAUUGCACGUAAUAAAACAAGGUUUCAACAAAGGAAAGAACAGUCAAAACUGUUUGAUUUUGUCAUGGAGCAGUUUUCUGAAAAGGUAAGAAAAGGACCAGAGUUUGUAUGUUGUGUUUGCAAUCGACUGCUUUUCGAAUAUCAGGUGUCACAUUGGAAAAAUGACUAUGGUAACCGUGAGGACAUAGCUUUAAUUGCUGAGAAAUGUAUCUCACGUAAUCAUUUACAUGAAUGUGAUGAUGAUUGUGUAGUACCAUGCAAAUGGCUGGAUAUGGGUAGAGGAAAGCUAUGGAUCUGUUACACAUGUCAUUCUAAAAUUAAGAGAGGAGUAAUGCCACCUGAAUGUGUACUGAACAAUAUGCAAGUACAUCCCAUUCCAGAAGAACUGGCUUGUUUAAACAGCUUGGAACAGCAUUUGAUUGCUUUGCACAUACCUUUUAUGAAAAUGUUGGCUUUACCUAAAGGAGGUCAAAAUGGAGUCCAUGGACCUGUGACGUGUGUUCCAGCCAAUAUCGUUGAGACUACUAACUUGCUUCCACGUUCAGAAAUGGACGGAUCUCUUUUGCGUGUUAAGUUAAAGCGUAAGCUCACUUAUAAAGGCCACUAUGAGUAUCAAUUUGUAGAUCCCUUACGCAUUAAAAAAGCACUGAUGGUUUUGAAAAAAACUAAUGUAUAUUAUAAAGAUGUAGAAUUUAAUGAAAAUUGGCUAAAUGAUUUUUGUAGAGAAGAAGACAAAAAUGUAGAUAAUGAUGCCGAAAAUAACCAAACCGCUCCAGAUGUUAGUGAUGAGCUAUUACAUGAUCGACAACAGCACUGCAUGUUUCAAGACACGUGUCUGAUGCCUGUCGAUAUUGGUCAAGAAGUAUUGGAUCAGUAUUUUGACAGUACGUUAAAUCUGGCUCCAGCUGAAGGUAGCACUCCAGUGAAAUUAUUAACAGAUAUUUCCAACGAAGCCAAGAGCUUUCCUGUAUUGUUUCCACAGGGAUCCAAUACAUUCCAUGAUUAUAGGCAACAAAAGUUGACAUUAGCACGAUAUUUGAACCUUAGACUUCUGAAUGCAGAUAACCGUUUUGGUAACAGUGUAGAAUAUAUCUUCUAUUCACAGUAUGUAUCAGAGGUGCAACAAGUCAUAUCCAGUGUCUCAAUAGCAUUGCGUAAGGGAAAAGCAGGCCAUAACGCCAAAUCAAUUGAUGUUGAUUUACUGAAGGAUCAGGAAACUUUAAAAAACUUGCUGCAGUUUGAUAAUGGGUUCCGUUUCCUUAAGCCUAUUCGAGGAACCCCAUCUUUUUGGCAGGGAGCUCAACAUGACCUCAUGGCUUGUGUGCGUCAACUUGGGGUCCCUACAUGGUUUUGUUCUUUUUCUUCUGCAGAUUUACGUUGGAAGUCACUUCUCACUAGUAUUUUGAAACAAGAAGGUAGGACACAAACACUAGAUGAUUUAGAAUGGUCUGAGAGAUGCGAACUUCUGCGACGCAAUCCUGUCACUGCGGCAAGGAUGUUUGACUAUAGGUGGCAUUGUUUUUUGCGGGAGGUACUCAUGUCUCCAUCACAGCCAAUUGGCAAGAUAAUAGACUUUUUUUAUCGGGUGGAAUUUCAACAGCGGGGGUCACCUCAUGUGCAUUGUCUUUUCUGGAUUGAGAAUGCACCAAAACUUGAUAAAAACACAGAUGAUGAAGUAGUUCAAUUCAUUGAUAAAUAUGUCACCUGUGAAUUGCCAUCACAAGACGAGCCGUUAAAGGCAAUUGUGACAUCUGUGCAACAACAUUCAAAAAGACAUUCAAAAUCGUGUAAGAAAAAGCACACAAUUUGUCGAUUUAACUUUCCCAGGCCAGCAUCCACUCGCACUUUUAUAUGUCGUAAAACCGAGGAAUGUGAACAAACCUGUCUGUGUAACGUAACUCCUUUGACACCGUGUGGAUGUGGACAUAAAGAACGUUUAGCUGCAGAAGAGAAGAAGAGGGCACUUGCGAGGAAAAUGAUGACAUCCAUUAAGUUGGCUCUGUCAAAUGAGGAGGCUAAUUUUGGUUGUGUAGCGGAGUUGUUUGAAGCAUUGGGGAUCAAUCAGACUACGUUUGAGGCUGCGUACAACUGUGUUUCCAGAAAUACACAUGUUGUUUUAAAAAGAGACAUUGAUGAAGUGUGGAUCAAUCAGUACAACAGGAAUUUGUUAAAAUGCUGGGAUGCAAACCUUGACAUUCAGUACGUGGUUAAUGCCUAUGCUUGCGUUGUGUAUAUCAUUUCAUACAUCUCAAAGGCAGAGAAGGAGAUGGGAUUGUUGUUGCGAAAUGCACACAGAGAGGCAUCCAAGCAUGGCAAUGUCGAUGCUAAAGAUGCAUUAAAAAAGUUAGGAAGUGUUUACCUGCACAACCGAGACGUUUGUGCUCAGGAGGCUGUGUAUCGGUUGACGGGCAUGCACCUUAAGGAAUGUUCGCGAAAGGUUCAGUUUGUGCCAACAGGAGACACUACUGUCAAAAUCAGUCUGCCGUUAAGUGUGUUAAAACAAAAGGCAGACAAGACAAAUCUCUCAACGGCAGACAUGUGGAUGAUUGGCUUAGAAGACCGUUAUAAGAACAGACCAAAUGAUGCCGUUUUCAAUGAUGUGUGUCUGGCAUCUUUUGCAUCGGAGUAUCGGGUUUUGUCAAAAAAUGAACGUACAAACAAUAGAAUUCAACUCAAGAAUAAUCUCGGUUUUGUUGUUAAAAGAACAAGGUCUCAACCUGCAGUUGUCCGUUAUGCUCGCUUUUCCAAGACUAAAUGUCCAGAGAAAUUUUUCCAAAGCAUAUUGCAGUUAUUCAUGCCAUAUCGUGUUGACAGCCAGUUAAAACCAUCUAACUGUGAAACAUUUCAACUAUUUUACGAAAAUGGUCAUGUUACCUGUAACGACGGAUCACGACAGUCCGUGAAGUCCAUCGUUGACAAAAACCGAGCACUGUUUGAAGUUGACUCGGAGGAAUUGGAUACCGCACAACAGUGUAUUGAUGAUGUUGGUGUUCUGGAAGAUGCGUGGUGUGAACUGUGCCCAGAACAAGAAUUGGAGCGGCUAGAAAGUGAACAAGAGCGCAGAGCCAAUGACACGGUAGAAGAGCACGUAGAAAGUAUUCCUGAUCUUGCAGUUAGUCAGCAACAAGUUGCACAUUUGCAAAAGACAAACACUCUAAGCAGAAAUGAGGGGUUGAAAUUAGUUCGUAGUCUGAACAAUACACAAAUGUCCAUCUUUUAUCAAGUAAGAACGUGGUGUUUGCAAAAGGUAAGUGGUCAAAAUCCAGUCCCCUUUCAUGUUUUCAUAACCGGUGGUGCAGGAACUGGAAAAAGCCACUUGAUCAAGGCACUUCAAUACGAGGCAACGAGGUUACUCUCCCCACUGGGUCGUCACCCUGAUGAACUGUGUGUAUUGUUAACUGCUCCAACAGGCAUUGCUGCAUACAACUUGAAUGCUUCAACCAUUCAUACCACGUUUAGCAUUGCUACAAAUGUCACACUGCCUUACACCCCUUUGGGUGAGGAAAAGAUAAAUACUUUGAGGGCCAAAUACAGUAACCUUCAAAUUUUAGUCAUCGAUGAAAUUUCAAUGGUUGACCAUAGAUUAUUGGCAUACGUACAUGGUAGAUUACGACAAAUUAAACAGAGCGGCAACUUUUCCCCAUUUGGUAAUGUGUGUGUGAUUGCGGUUGGAGAUUUCUUCCAGUUGCCUCCAGUAAAAGGUAAGGCUUUGUAUGUGGAUGAUUUGGGAAACGAUCUGUGGUCUACCAAUUUCAAGAUCAUUGAGUUGACGGUGAUUCAGCGGCAGAAAGACACUGCAUUUGCUGAAUUGUUAAACAGAUUGAGGAAACGUUCCAAAUCAACGCCCAUGCUGCCAAGUGACACCAGUUUACUUCGAACACGUGAAACUGGUGAGGAGAGUUCAUCUUUGCACAUUUUUCCCACAAAUGCACAAGUUGAGACUCAUAAUGUUGAGCAGCUACUUAAAACAUGUGAAGAUCAUGUCAAAAUAGAUGCUCAGGAUUAUGAACGCAACAAGAAAACGGGAAAACUUGAAUUGAAACGGGGACAUCAUGCCACAGUCUUUAACACCACUUUAGCUCAGCAACUGGUUUUAGGUGAGAACGCUCGCGUCAUGCUGACCAAAAAUGUAGACAUGAUGGAUGGACUUGUGAAUGGGGUCUGUGGCACAGUGACACACAUAGUGAAUUCCACUGGAAAUAACUUUCCAAAAAUUGUGUACGUUCAAUUUGAUGAUAAAGAGGUUGGCGCACAGACUAGGGGAAAUCAUGCCUGUGCUUCAAGCCACCUCUUAACCUCAACACCUAUUCUUCCCCAAGAAGAUAGGGUCACAAACAAAGGUGGAUUACGUCGUCAAUUUCCCCUUAAACUUUCCUGGGCUUGUACGAUACACAAAGUACAAGGAAUUACUGUUGCUAACGCUGUAGUGUCGCUUAAAAAAAUAUUUGCUGCAGGACAAGCAUAUGUAGCAUUAAGUCGCAUCACAACUUUGUCAGGAUUAAUUCUUCAGGACUUUAAAGAAGACGCCAUCUAUUGCAACAACAAUGUGCAGGAAGCACUUCAGUGCAUGCAACCAUUUUUAUGUGCAUAUAGCACAGGACACAAAUCGUACACACACAAUUUUAGAGUGCUUUUAAUGAACGUCCAAGGUUUGCCAGCACAUGUCAAAGACUUGCUCCUGUCCACACAGCAUUUGCAGCUUAACUGUAUUGCUGUGACCGAAACAUGGCUGACUGAAACCUCUUUAAAAGAGUCAGUCAACAUCAUUGGUUAUACAUUUGACAGCUGUCCUCGUAGUACAUCGUACAACAGCAGACACCCCGUGUUACUUGAUUUACAAGCCCAACAACAUGGGGGUGUUGCCAUGUAUACUGAAGACAGCUUGUCAUACAACAUUCUACAAGUACCAAAUGUCAAUAUAGAAUGUUUAGUGUUUCACUGUGCCACCUACGACAUGCUGCUAGCAGUAAUUUACAGGCCACCGUCGUAUGCCAUGUCUUUGUUUAAAGAACAUUUGGAAAAAUUACUUUCUUGGCUGGAAGAAAGGAGUAACACGAUCACUGUCAUGGGAGAUUUUAAUGACGACAUUAGGAAGUCGUCUACAAUUUGCGAUUUUAUGACCGACAAUGGCUACAUCCAGAUUGUCACACAACCUACGACUGAGAAGGGGACAUUGAUUGACCACGUGUAUGUUAGAACUACACAGUUUGAAGUGGAAGCAGAAGUCGUGCCAAUGUAUUUUAGUGAUCACGAGGGGGUUGUGUGUUCUUUUACAACUAAAACCUUCCACAAUGUCAAGGCAUAA